GGACAAAAAGCAAAAGAGGUAGCUGCAUCGAGCAGCUGCUGCACAUUUGACAAGUUGAGUGGGCAUGGAUCACAGAGUGCUGAUGGUGUUUCUGUCCGUCUCAGGGCUACUGGCUGAAAACAAAGACAACUCAACAGGGUCUUAUGACUUCAGGUUGGUGGGAGGAGGAACGCAUUGUGCUGGAAAACUGCAGAUGAGACAACAGGCUGAGGACUGGAAACCAGUGGACGGGUUUUACUGGACCCUGAAGUUAGCAAACACAGUGUGUGCAGAGCUCGACUGUGGAUCUGCAGUAUCAGUGAGAAGUCUAAGUGUGGAGACCCUAGUCACAGAUGUGUGGGAAAUCAGACCCAACUGUGAAUCCUCACUGUGGAGCUGUUUUACAACUGGAAAAUAUCCAUCCUUAGUCCUGCAGAUGACAUGCUCAGACUCGGUCCGGCUGGUGAACGGUUCCAGUUUGUGUUCGGGCAGACUGGAGGUCCAGUCCAGCUGGUCCUGGUCCUUAGUGUGUGCAGCAGAUUUUGGGCUGCAGGCCGCAGAAGGGGUUUGCAGGGAGCUGGGCUGUGGGGCUCCUUCUGGUAUCGAGGGGGUCCUCUAUGGAGAAGAUGAGGCUCCUUUGUGCAAGACCGUCAUCUGUGAAGGCCACGGUUCUGUCCUGCCAGACUGUGGAAGCUCAGGCUCAGAUACCUGCUCAUCCAGAAGAGCUGUGCACCUCACCUGCUCAGACCCUGGUGAUGUGAGACUGGAGGGAGGAGGCAGCCGCUGUAAUGGCACAGUCCAAGUCAAACACCUCGGAGACUGGAGAAACCUGAAGAACUACUAUGACUGGACCCUGAGGUCUGCAGCUAUCAUAUGCAGUCGAUUGGACUGUGGCUCCCCCGUGCACACAGGGAUAAAAGACCAUGAAUCAGAGCAUCUUGUGUGGGAGGUCAGACCCUCAUGUGUUCAGUCCACACCCACACUGAGGGACUGUGUGACAACAGAGGACAGAGGCAGCUACUUCAGCCUGGAGCUCACCUGCUCAGACUCUGUCAGGAUGCUCCAUGGAACCGGUCUGUGUUCAGGUAGACUGGAGAUCCAAACAAACCAGUCCUGGUCCUCAGUGUGUGACGGAGGUUUUGGCUUGCAGGUUGCUCAGGUGGUCUGUAGGGAGCUGGGCUGUGGGGCUCCUUCAGUCUUCCAAGGGGUGCUUCAUGGAGAGGAUGAGGCCCCUGUCUGGACCCGAGAGCUCCAGUGUGAAGGCAAUGAGUCUACCAUCCUGGACUGUGGAGGGUCCAGCUCAGGGAAGACCUGCUCAACUGGGAAAACUGUUGAACUCACGUGUGCAGAGCCGGUCAGGUUGGUGGGACAGCCGAGCAGCUGCGCUGGUGCCGUCGAGAUCAAACAUUGUGGAGAGUGGAGACCAGUGACCGACUUCUACAAUCAGUGGGACCAGAUGUCUGCAGCUGUGAUGUGUAAACACCUGGACUGUGGUUCGGCUGUUUCAAUCAACAAAAGAUCAGACUUUUCAAGCAGACCCGUAUGGUUUGUUUCACCUACAUGUGUAAAUGUGACGUCUACACAUCGGGAUUGUGUAGAACUGCAUCCUGUCAGUGAAGAUGAAUCUGGCCUGGAGGUGGUGUGCACAGAUCUGCUCCUUCAGCCAAACAUCUCCCUGUCUCCCUCCUCUGACGGGGUAUCCGAGGUCUAUCAACAUGGGUUUCGGGUGCUUAUGUACGCCGACUUCACCAUCAGAUGUUCUAUUGAACCACAGUACCCAGGCGGCUCCUUCCAGCUGAUCUCUGACACCUUAGAGUCACAGAACCGCACUGAGCCAGCUGUCAAUCACUCAGCUGACUUCCUGUUCUCUGCUGCAGGCCACGCCCACCGCGGGGACUACACAUGCAUUUAUCAUGUCCAUGUUUUCAACCACAGCUUCUCCUCUCAGAGCCGAGCCCUCUAUCUCACCAUUGGAGCUCCAGUGACUGAGCUUAUCAUAAGGACGGUGGUCGUUCUCCUGCUCAUGGUGCUGUGUAACGCUACCCUCUACUUCUGCUGUAAGGCCAACAGGGGGCGCUUCAGACUGAGGAGUCGAAUCAGGUCCUCGGUUCAUCACCUCCAACAUAAUGAAGAGGAGUCUGUUCUGUAGAUAACAUUUCUUUUCUGUCAUUGCACAUUAUAUACAUCAUCUUCCUGUAUAAGAGGCCUAUGUCUUUU